AUGUUUGAUGAAACUCAUUGGAAGGUCAUUGCUGCAAAGUCCCUCGGUCCAUUUACAACGAUCGAGAAUCGAUUUGGUGUGCUCAUCAGAGAAGAGCAGGUGAAAAUCGAGACCAUUCUCGAGACUGAAAUGCAAGAGGUAAGGGAGGGCAGUUUGGUUUCCCAUUACGGUAUUGACGCAGUAGUUUGA